UCACGCGCGGGACCGUGGAGCCCCGGGUGUCUCGGCUCGGCGCCCUCCUCCAGGGGCUUGGAGGGGCGCCGGGGGCUUCCUCCAGGUUCCUGCCGGGCUUCGUGGCCACCGCCGCCGACAGCCAUGGCUCGGAGCGCCGGGAGAGGCGCGGCUCGACCCGCUCCAGGAUGCCGGUGAUGCGGGGUCUGAUCGCGCCCCAGAACACCUUCCUGGACACCAUCGCCACGCGCUUCGAUGGGACCCACAGUAACUUCGUCCUGGGGAACGCCCAGGUCCAGUCCCUCUACCCCAUCGUCUACUGCUCCGACGGCUUCUGCGAGCUGACCGGCUUCGCCCGCGGCGAGCUGAUGCAGAAGAGCUGCACGUGUCACUUCCUGUACGGCGGCGAGACCAGCGACCGCCUCACGGCGCAGAUGCAGAAGGCUCUGGAUGAGCGCCGAGAGUUCAAGACUGAGAUCAUCCUGUACAAGAAGAGCGGCUCCAGGUUCUGGUGCCUGCUGGACAUCGUCCCCAUCAAGAACGAGAAGAGCGAGGUGGUCCUGUUCCUGGUCUCGCAUAAAGACAUCACUGAGAACAAGGACCUGGACCAUGGCAACGAUUCGGACGUUGAUGAGGAGACGGGUCUGGAGAUCCACCAGGUCAGUCGUCCUCCAGGCUUCAGCAUGGAGCGGCGGCGCAGUCGGGCCGUCCUCUACCAGCUGUCCGGACACCUGCAGAAACAGGACAAGACCAAGAGCAAGCUGAAGAUCAACAACAGCGUUCUCGGCGCCAACGCCAACCCGAUCCCGGAGUACAAGGUGGCCGACGUCCAGAAGUCCCGCUUCAUUCUGCUCCACUACGGCGCCUUCAAGGCCGGCUGGGACUGGCUCAUCCUGCUGGCCACCUUCUACGUGGCCAUCACCGUUCCCUACAACGUGUGCUUCACCGCCGUGGAGGCCCGGGAGGACGGCGGCUCGGCGGCCCGAAACCCGCCCAGCGUCAGCGACAUCCUGGUGGAGAUACUCUUCAUCAUCGACAUCGUGCUGAACUUCCGGACCACGUACGUCAGCACCUCCGGCCAGGUCGUGUACGACGCCCGCAGCAUCUGCAUCCACUACGUCACGUCCUGGCUGUUCGUGGACCUGAUCGCCGCCUUGCCCUUUGACCUGCUCUACGCCUUCAACAUCAGCGUGAACUUCGGGGUUCACCUGCUGAAGACGGUGCGCCUCCUCCGCCUGCUGCGCCUCCUGCAGAAGCUGGACCGCUACUCCCAGUACAGCGCCGUGGUGCUGACGCUGCUCAUGUCCACCUUCGCCCUGCUGGCCCACUGGAUGGCCUGCGUCUGGUACUUCAUCGGCCGCAGUGAGAUUGAAAGUAACAACCCCGCCUCGUGGGACAUAGGCUGGCUUCACGAGUUGGCCAAACGCUUGGGAACGCCGUACUUCCUGGCGCCGCUGACCUCCCUGCUGGGGGUCUCCGACUCGCCCCAGGGCGCCGCCGCCGCCGCCGCCGCCGCGCUGGCCAACUCGAGCCAGCUGAACGGCUCGGGGCUGCUGAGCGGGGCGGGGCUGCUGGGCUCGGGCCAGUGGAACGUGAGCAGGGCGAGGGCGAGGACGCCCGGCGGCUCGGGGACCACGCUGAGCGGCGGGCCGUCCGUCCGCUCCUCCUACGUCACGUCGCUGUACUUCGCUCUGAGCAGCCUGACCAGCGUGGGCUUCGGCAACGUCUCGGCCAACACUGACUCCGAGAAGAUCUUUUCUAUCUGCACCAUGCUGAUCGGAGCCUUAAUGCACGCCGUGGUGUUUGGUAACGUGACCGCCAUCAUCCAGAGGAUGUAUUCGCGCCGCUCGCUCUACCACACCCGCACCAAAGACCUGAAGGACUUCAUCCGAGUGCACCGGCUCCCCAAGGCUCUGGAGCAGCGCAUGAUGGAGUGCUUCCAGACCACCUGGUCCGUCAACAACGGCAUCGACGUCAGCGAGCUGCUGAAGGACUUUCCCGACGAGCUGAGGGCCGACAUCGCCAUGCACCUGAACAAAGAGCUGCUGCAGCUGCCCCUCUUCGAGUCCGCCAGCCGGGGAUGCCUGCGCUCGCUCUCGCUCAUCAUCAAGACUUCGUUCUGCGCCCCCGGGGAGUUCCUCAUCCGGCAGGGCGACGCGCUCCAGGCCAUCUACUUCGUGUGCUCGGGCUCCAUGGAGGUGCUGAAGGACAACACUGUGCUGGCCAUUCUGGGCCGCGGCGACCUGAUCGGCUCCGACUGCCUGACCCAGGAGGAGGUGAUAAAGACCAACGCCUGUGUGAAGGCUCUGACCUACUGCGACCUCCAGUACAUCAGCCUCAAAGGGCUCCGGGAGGUGCUCUGCCUCUACCCCGACUACGCCCAGAAGUUCAUCACCGAGAUCCAGCACGACCUGACGUACAACCUCCGGGAAGGUCACAGCACGGAGACCGACUGCGAGAGCAACGGAGGGAUCCUGAAGAAGCUUCCCUCCAUCAAGGAGGACGAGGAGGGAUCGGGGUCUGAGGGCGAGCACUCCCCCCUCCCGAGGAUCUCCUCGCUGGGCAGGUUGGGUCGAGGUCUGCGCUCCCCCCUGCGCUCCCCCCUGCGCUCCCCGCUGCUGCCGCCGAGGCCCCUCCGCCCCGGGGGGGACCUGACCCGGCCCUCCAGCCUGCAGAUCCCCGCAGUGAGCUUCAGCUGCCUGCAGCCGGACCUCAGUCCACGGUUUGUGGACGGCAUCGAGGCAGAAAACCACCGCGGCUCGGCCCAGAGGUUCGAUUUUUCUCCUGGUGCAACUCAGAGUCUCCUGGCCAGCCCUGACUCAGCCGCCACAGAGACCCAUGAGGAGAGGGACACCAUGCAGACGAUCGCCAAACUAAAGCAUGAGAUGUGCGUCCUCUCCCGUCAGGUCACCACCGUCAGCCAGGAACUCCAGGAAAUGACGCGUCUUCUCAGGCCCCUGUUCCACAACCCCUCCAUGCUGCUGAUGCCCAACGCCGUGACUCCGCCCCCCAGCAUGUCUUCGCUCAGCUGCUCCCCGGCCCCGCCUCUUCUCACCCAACACGCACCAGCGGACGAUCCCGGCCCGCCAUCGGUCCGAGCGCCCGAGCCGCCGUCUCCUCGUCUCAGCAAGGCGUUUCAGGGGGAGUUUGAUCCUCUUCAGGACCCUCCAGCGUCGUACCACAGCAGCGCCACUCCCCCCAUCGCUCACCGCUCCGCUCCUCCGUCGCUCCACAGCUCCCCUCACGAGCACACGACUGCGCCCCACCCCUGCUCCUCAUCCUCCAUCCCCUCUCUCUCCUCAUCGAGCCACCCAUCCUCCACCACUCCCGUCCUGGUGGACCUAUCAGAACCCAGCGGUGGAUCUCACAGCCAGCCUCCUCUCUCGCUCUCGUCCCAGUUCAUAUCCAGGUCCUGUUCCUUCUCCCUCUCCCCGUCGCACGUCCAGCCCCUCCUCCAGCCCUCCAUCCCCGCCCCACACCCCCGAGAGCCCGAGUGGGAGGAGCGCCCCACCCAGCUCAGCUUCAUCAACGAGGAGCGGCCCUCAGUGUGAGAGGACGGACGGACGUGGACACUGGCUCAGCACCGAGAGGAGGACCAGCAUGUCACAUGACCAACUGCAUGACAAACAUCUGCCCAAGUUUGGCAUCUUUUUGUAAAUAUGUCAAUUUUAAAUGAUUAUUAUUAUCACCAUGCAACAGAUAUGAGAAUAAAGAUUUGUUUUACAGGUUCA